CCGAAACCUCCUCCUCCUCCUUUCCCAUCUCCUCCCUCUCUCUCUCCCUUCAUACAAUCGUAAUAAAUUCAUCACCUCAAGCAGCGUACGAAUACUCAAAUUAAAAGGAACGCACGCGCAGUGUUUGCGCUGUUGUCCUGGCUGUACUGACAGGUCGCUGAACAGGCGCUGUAAAGGGGUGUAAUACUCCCACGCAGGCGCUGGUCAGGACUGUCGGGUUCAGGGUCAACAGCAGGCGCAUCGUUCUUUUUUCGUUGCGCGCGCGAGGAAGGAGUGAACAGGAUACAGAUACAGGAUACAGUUGGUGGACAGAGGACAGUGUAUACAAACAGACAGACAGACAAGACAAGCAGCAGUUGCAAAAUACACGCGCAGGAACGUGUGUUGCUGCUGCGUGUUGCGCUGUUGUUGUCCCGCCUAAAAGGGUGUUUUUCUGCAUUUACGUGCGUUGUCUGUUGUUGUCAGUCUGUUCUGGGGCUUUCCUGGGUUCUUUUACAGCGUCAAAUAUUGGCUGUACAUACAGACAGUACAGUCGAUCGCGAGAAGAGAAGCGCGUACAAAUUGAGGCAGGAGAGGAGACCGAGGAGAUAUACCAUACCGUACGUACGUACUCUUAAUUCGACGUACAGAGAGAGCAGAGCAGAGCGACUUCAUUUACAGUACGACAUCACGACUAUCUCACCUCAUUCUGCAGUCCUCAUUCUAUCCUCAUUCUAUCCUCAUUCUACACAUUCUACACUCAUUCUACAGUACAUCAUCCAUGACUUUUAGCUGGGGAACAAGACCCGUUUGAACCCGUCCGUUGUUGACGAGUCGACCUUUUCUGGGAAUUUACUGGGAACUGCCACCUUGUUCACGGUUCACGGCCCUGUUCUUGCAGCUGAUUGGUUCUUUAUCGCUUAGUGUCCCUUAUCUCCACCGUCUCUGUCCAAUACUCUCGCUGCUUUUAACGGCCUAAGAACGGCUCUGAACAACCUCCGCUGCUUUAACCCACCAGCCACCCAACCCAGCGGUCACGGGGUCAAAUAACAAAAAUAAUCCGAUAAAGCGGCACCCCCGCACGGUCCAUCUAACAAAUAUGGAUCACGUGCAGGAUAAUAACCCCAUGAGAGGCAAUGAUAACUACUCGCAUGAAUUGGGUCAACAGAUGAAUAAUUACAUCGUCGAUCCGUCUUUAAUUGACCAAAAUCAAUGGGUGCAGCAGCAGCAGCCACAGUAUGCUGAGGAUAUUUUCAAUCCACAGCAGUACCAGCACCCGCAUGCCCACCAGGAGCAGCAGCACCAACUCUCACAUCAGCACCCCCAGCAGAUCCAGCAGCAGCAGCAACAACAAUAUAUCCAGCCUGCUCAGUCGCAAUUUAAUUACGUCGCUUCCCAGUCACCCGUGUAUCCAAAUGCGCAAUAUCAGGCCGUAUAUGGCCAGGAGCCUCUGCGCUCAAAUAGCAGCCUCGGACAGUAUGGGAUUCAGUAUGGCGCCUACCCGACCACCAGCCAGAGCCCUAUACAGCAGAUGGCCCAGCAGAUGCCGCAACAGGUGCCUCUUCAAUCGCACCAGCAGUAUGCGCAAAACCAAGGCCAAUACUCUUAUUCCCCUCAACCUCAGGUGCCUGUAACGAUCUCGCCGCAUGACCUCGACAGAGCUGUGCAGUACCCUGCACCAGCACCGUCGAGAAUUGUCUUGACACCACAGCCACUCCCCAGCAAUGCUGCCAGCCAGAAUUUCCGCCAGUCGUGGACGUCAGAGCCGGAGUUCCUGGAACAGCCUAUUCCUGUCUCGACUCCGGUUCCUCAGUACCACCCUAUCCAGCCGGAGAUCCAGACUCAGCAUGCCCCUAUUCGACCUGUGGUUAGCCAACAUGCCGCCAUCUCACCCGUGCCUGCUUUGCCUUCUAUUGCUGCAAUCAACCCAGAACCAGUAAACCAACCGUCGCCAGCGAGCCAGCCUUUACCUAGCCAGCCUAUUCCCAGUGUUUCGGACGCAGCUCAGAAAUACGCUUCCGCACAGCUCAGGGUUACGCACCCAGAGCUGUUGGCUGAGACAAAGGAUAUUCCAUCUCGCAGAUUCUCGCAGGCACCUUUUGCGGUUCUUGGUGUAGGCUCGAUUGAACUAGACAAUAAGUAUUCUUCAAAAGCACUUCCCGUCUGGCAAGGACGCCCUAACAGAAGUGGAAAGGUCCUAGUACCUGGCCUCGAGCAUAAACUCUCCGCCAUUCCCACAAGCAAACCCAAGAAAAUCCGGGCCCCAGGUACAAAGAAGUACGCCAGUGCGAGGAAGUCUAAUUUACUCUCGAAGGAGCGACUCGCGCCUUUAUCUGCUGCUGCUGCUGCGAAUAUUCCUGCAGGUGAGAUAGCGAGUCUUAGGCCGCCGUCGCAGUCGCAGUCGCCGGAAUCGAGUGAGGAGGAGUAUACGAGCUCGGAGGAUGAGUCGGAGUAUUCGGAUGAGGAGGAGGAGGAGGUGGGGGAUAUGAGGACGCUAGACGAGAUUCGUCCCGAGCCGCGUCCAACGGAUGUCGCCGAGGCGGCAACCUGGGAUGCCCUUGGCAUUAUUUACAGUCCGCCAGGUCGUCGCGCAACAGCAGAUGAGAAGAUGAAAGUUGCUAUGGGGUUCCAUCCCUUCAUUGCAGGUCUACGUGAAGAACUAGUACGAGUUACAGGAGAACUUGCCAAAGCGGAAACCGAGAAGCGUGAUGCCGAUGUCAAGAAGUUGAAAGUUGAGCGAGCUACGAGACAACAAGCUCUUGUUAAUGCUUUGAAUGUCGCCAUCACUAAGGGACAUCAAGAUCUCAAAGACACGCUGGCUACGCAUGACAAGUUCGUUGUUGGAUUGACCAAUAUCCUCAGAAACUGUAUCAAAGCAGAUGACUACCUGGGCGAUCUCGCUCUCGCAGUCUUCCACCUCAUGUCCUCCUUCAACAAAAUGAGCGAGGCCGUCUUGACUAGAUCUAAAUUCGAUGGCAUUGUCAAGAAGUUCAACAAAAACAGACUAGAAAGCAAGAAUGUCGAUCUCGAGGGAAAGCGGAGACAGGAAGAUAUUAGGCGCUUUGUGGAGAGUAUCAUGAAGAGCACGACUGAAGCACAGGAUAGGGCUAUAAUGGCUGCUGCUGAAGACUCUGCGAAGAGAGCUGAAAUGAAGGAGCCUAUUGCGAGGGGGGAGCAUAAACCUACACCUCCUGCGGAUACCAAGGCGGGAAUACAGGCGGUGUCGAGCUUGAAGAGACCUCACGAGCCUGAUAGUGCUAGUAAUUCACCAAAUAAGAAGGUUGCUGCGGAAGGUGCGAAGGGACUUCCUGCCAAACCAUCAGGCAACAAGAUCCCCAUCAAGGCUACUGGUUUCUUCGCCAAGCUCGGAAAACAAGGUCCGAAAGCCGCGCCAGCCACGACAAUACCAGCAGCCAAGCCUGUGGCCAAAAGGCCCGCUCCAUCUACAGGACCCUCUGCGCUAUCUAUGCUUCUUGACGACAUCUCAAAGCCGAAAGAAAUCCCCAAAGCACCCGCCGCACCCAAGCGCCCUGACGAAACACCCGAGCAGAAAGCCAGGAGAGAGCGCAAGGAGUCUAGACGUCAUCUCAGGGUUCACUUCAAAGAGGGGGAUAGCCUCACCGAAGUGCGGAUUUUCACACACGAGCGAUCGGAGGAUGAGGGGCGCCAGGGUGAGAUGCUGAGGGAUGCACAUGAUGAUCGUUCUGAGGGGAUGAUGCAUAAACAGCGCUUCCAGGGCGUGGUGGAGGUGGAUGAUGAGGAGACUGAAGCUGAGGUGAAUAGCAAGCCCUGGCCUGUGUUGAGUGAGGUUGAUUUCUCAGCCUUGCCCGAGGGGUAUUAUGGGAAGGGUUUCACGUCGAGAGGUGGGCCGGUGGAGUUCGAGACGGAGCAACAAAGGAUUCAGAGUAAGCGUGAGGAUACGGAGUUGAUGGUUGUUUACACGGAUAUUAAAGAUAUCCCGCAUUCACCCAAGGAACCGCCCUUUGAACCUACAACCCCAGGAACAGAGGUACAACUCCGCCAACCGACAAACUUCCCAAAAGUCCAACGUCGACUCCUCGAUAUCAGACUCUACGGCCCUGAAGCAGCGAUGUCACGUCUCUCCCGCAAAGAAGAAGAAGAACGCCUCGGUAUCCACAGAGAAAUGCAACAUAAACGCGCUGCUGAAAUCCUCGGGCUGCCGCCAGCUAAAGUUACCGUCCCGGACAUGCUCAACGCUAUCGGCACAAGCCCCCGUUUUGCCAAGAAAUCGGCCCCACAAAAAUCAAUGGAGCAAAUUAUCUCAACCCUCGCAGAAUUACAAGCUGGUACUACACCGAUGUCAGCGCUCUUCCCACCCACCACCACCACCGCCGCUACCCAGCAACUCCAGCAGGCUCAACUCGCCUACCCCACACCGCCUGGCAUGGAUCCAGCGGAUUGGACAAACCUCGCCACCAUCUUCGCAUCCAAGAUCGGUCUCCCCUUCCCCGCUAUCGAGGCACCGGAGUGGAUGACCCCGGCCUCGAAGAAGAUUUAUUAUGAGACCCUUCUUAAAGACCAGAUCGCCAAGGCGGCGAGGGAUAAGGCGUUCCUGGAUCGGCAGAUUGCGGAGGCGCAGCACCAUGCGAGGGUUAAGUCUACCACCACUACGCAAGAUGAGUUGAUGGGGCAGCUGCAGAAGAUUAUGGGACAGGAACAGGUGUAUCAGCCUCCCGCCGCUGCUGCGGCGAAGGAUCAGGGAGAGUAUGAUCCUUCUGACCUCCAGAAUAUCCUCGCGGGGAUGGGGUACCCGCAAAAACAGCAGCAGCAGUUGCCGUGGCCUAGCCAGCCACAAACAACCACCACCGCCGCCGCCACCAACUAUGGAGCGCAGCAGACGCAGUAUCAAGAACAGCCUGCUUGGCUCGCAUACGCUGCUAGUCUGCAACAAGCUGCCCCUGCUCCACCUCCUACCUGGAACACUUCCUCUUCCGCCCAACAGCAGCAGUCUGGUGCGCAGACUUGGGGAUCGUCGGGGGGUUAUGGACAAGAUGGUGCGGAGGGGGGAAAGAAACCGUGGGAUAGCGGCGGUAGAGGAGAGGGUGGGGGGAAGUUUAAUAAGAAUAGGUUGGAUCCGGAUUAUAAGCGCGGGACGAAGCCGUGUCGGUUCUGGCAGGAGGGGAAGUGUGCGAAGGGGGCGAAUUGCACUUUUAUUCAUGAGCAGCAGUAGAGCCUGUUUGUGGAGGGGGGUUUUCUUUUGUGGACUGGGGAGGGAGGGUGUUUGUAUAGCGCGGCGUUUGGGCUUGGG